AUGUGUCAAAUCCCUCAUGCCCUUCAAAAGCAGUUUAUUGACAUUAUUAAUGAUUCUGUCAAAGCAGGAACCUUAGAGCCUAGCCAUGGCCCCCAUUCAAAUCCUUAUUUCCUCAUUGAGAAAAAGAAGAAGGGGAUGUGUUGUUUUGUUGAUGCAGCUCAGCACUGCAAUGUGAUUGUGAUUCAUGAUGUGUUUAUUCCUCUGAAUUGUGAUGAAUUUGCUGAAGAAUUUGCAGGAAUGGCAAUUGCCUCACUUGUUGAUCUUUUCUCCAGAUAUGACAAUUCUUUGUUGGCUGAAGAAAGCAGGAAUAUGACAGCAUUCAACACCCCAAUCAGUUCCUACCAGCAAACUGCUUUGGUUCAAGGGGCUAUGAAUUCACCCGCUCAAGCUCAGUGUGGGAUUGCAGCCAUAUUGAACAGUGGCAUCAUUCCUUCCUGA